CGGGCCCGGAAGCGGAUGGCGUCCACUGAAAGUCCCACGGCGGCGGGGUUGAUUUCUAAAGGCUCACAUUACGUGAGGAAGCAGCUCAGAAGAGGCAAGAAAAGGAGCCAGGCAUGGCUCUUCCUCAGGGACACCUGACUUUCUGGGAUGUGGCCAUAGAAUUCUCUUUGGCGGAGUGGAAAUGCCUGACCCCCGCACAGAGGGCUUUAUACCGGGAAGUGAUGUUGGAGAACUACAGGAACCUGGAGUCUGUGGACGUCCCUUCCAAAUGCAUAACGAAGAAGUUCUCAUCAACAGGGCAAGGCAAUACAGAACUGUUCCACACAGGGACAUUGGAAAGAGAUGCAAGUCAUCAUAUUGGUUUUUCCUUUCAGAAAAUUGAGAAAAAUAUUCAUGACUUUGAGUUUCAGUGGCAGGAAGAUGAAAGAAAUAACCAUGAAGCACCAAGGACAAAAAUAAAAAUGCUGAGUGGUAGUACAGACCAACAUGAUGAAAGGCAUGCUGGAAACAAGCCUGUUAAAGAAGAACUUGGAGUAAUCUUUCAUUCCCAUCUUCCUAAACUUCACAUAUUUCAGACUGCAGGGAAUGUUGGUAAUCAAGUUGAGAAGUCUGUUGAUGAUGCUUCCUUAGUUUCAACAUCCCAAAUAAUUUUUUGUAGCCCCAAAACCCAUUUUUCUAAUAACCAUGACAGUAAUUUCCUCCAUUCUUCAUUACUUACACAGAAACAGGAAGUUCACAUGAGAGAAAAAUCUUUCCAAUGUCAUGAGAGUGGGAAAGGCUUUAAUUCCAACGGUAACCUCAGUUGUAGCUCAUUCUUAAGGAAACAGAUAAACCAUUUAGGAAGAAAACAAUAUGAAUGUGAUGUGUGUGGCAGGGUCUUUAAUGAGAAGCGGAAUCUGGAAAGCCAUCAUAGAUGUCACACUGGUGAGAAACCUUACAAGUGUAAUGAGUGUGGCAAGACCUUCAGUCACAUGUCAUGCAUUCUACGCCAUCGCAGAGUUCAUACUGGAGAGAAACCUUACAAGUGUAAUGAGUGUGGCAAGCCGUUCAGUGAUACGUCAUCCCUUACACGUCAUUGUAGACUUCAUACUGGAGAGAAACCAUACAGAUGUAUGGUUUGUGAUAAAGCUUUUGCAUGUAAGUCAUACCUGGCAAAACAUGCUAGAAUUCACACUGGAGAGAAACCUUACAAGUGUAAAGAGUGUGGCAAGACCUUCAGUCAUACAUCAUCCCUUACAUGCCAUGAUAGACUUCAUACUGGAGAGAAACCUUACAAGUGUCAGGAGUGUCCCAAGACCUUUAGUCGAAAGUCAUCCCUUUCGUGCCAUCGUAGAUUUCAUUGUGGAGAGAAACCUUGCAAGUAUAAUGAGUGUGGCAAGACCUACCAUGAAAUGUCAUCUCUUACAUGCCAUUGUAGACUUCAUACUGAAGAAAAACCUUACAGGUGUAAUGAGUGUGGCAAGACCUUCAGUCAUAAGUCAUGCGUUCUACGCCAUCGUCAAGUUCAUAUAAGAGAGAAAACUUACAACUGUAAUGAGUGUGGCAAGACCUUCAGUCAGAUGUCAUCCCUUACAUGUCAUCUUAGACUUCAUGCUGGAGAGAAACCUUACAAGUGUCAUGAGUGUGGCAAGACCUUCAAUCAGAAGUCAUCCCUUACAUGCCAUCGUAAAGUUCAUACUGGAGAGACACCUUACAAAUGUGAAAAGUGUGACAAAGGUUUCACUCGCAAAUCACACCUUGAAAUCCAUAAGAUAAUACAUACUGGAGAGAAACCAUACAAAUGUACGGUUUGUGAUAAGGCUUUUGCAUGUAAUUUAUACCUGGCAAGACAUGCUAGAAUUCACACUGGAGAGAGACCUUACAAGUGUAAUGAGUGUGGAAAGACCUUCGGUCAUAUGGUAUCCCUUACGUGCCAUCGUAGACUUCACACUGGAGAGACACCUUAUAAGUGUCAUGAGUGUGGCAAGACCUUCCGUCAGAUGUCAUCUCUUGUAUACCAUCGUAGACUUCAUACUGGAGGGAAACCUUAGAAGUGUAAUGAGUGUGGCAAGACCUUCGUUUGAAAGUCACACCUUACAUACCA